AUGCCAUCCCCGGAGGAGAUCCUGACACUGCUGUGUGCGGCCGGCCUCUACGACCUGGCCAUCUCGCUCAUCCACGCCUUCUCGCUGUCCCCCGAGCCGCUACUGUCCAGCCUGGCGCUACGCUGCGUCACCUUCUCCCUGUCCUCCAGUGUCUACAGCAAACUGACAGUGAAAGACCCUGACCCCAGUAUGGGCUCCUGGCGCUGGCUCCACGAGAACGUGAUUCCUCCGUGCGGUGCCAGCGAGAGCAGUCCGCCCGACCAGGCCUGGAGACUGCUGCAUCGCUACCUGCAGCUCCUGGAAGACGGUAGCAGCAGCUGUCACAAGUGUGUGGCCCACACCUUGCUGUCACAGAGCUUCCACCUGCCCACUUGGCUGGUGCACUCCUUUAAGACUCUGGAUGUGGCCUCUCUCCUGCGAGUGUACCUGGCCUUUGACCUCAUCUCACAGGCCGUCUCCCUGGUCGUGGAGUAUCUGGAGGCCGUCACCGACUCUCUCGUGGGCAUCGACGUACCCGCCUUUGCCUUGAAGGGGUUGAGCUCUCCUGCGCCAUUGAAAGUGUGGCUGCCGUACACGUGUAUCGACCAACUGUUGGCUGUGCUGGGCGAGGAAGAGAACCCAACGUACAGUAAGAUGUAUCAGACACUGAAACAAAAGUUGCAGACGUAUCAAGAGAAGUCGUACGAAAUGCACCAGGAAUUGAGAGCAGCUGCGUACUGAGAAACGCCGAGAUGAAAUCUGAAAGAAUGUUGGAAUGUUGUUGGUUGGUUGUUUGUUUGUUUUCAGGUUCAACAUUUUGGUUUCUCGCAGGCCUCUGUGGCUCUGAAGGGGUCAGAUAGAACAAAGGAUUUAAGUAAGUCUCCCCGGGGCUGUUCUGAGAAAAAUGUUGAGAACAGUUUGGCUUAACCCUGUCACACAGAAUUCCCAGGAAUACUCCAAACUUCAACUCUGCGGGAUUCCCGGUACAGCGGUAAUUGGGAGGUCGUGUCAUGUUUUUUAACUGUUUACCACGCGAGUAGUGCAUGAAAACCUAUCCCAGUAUUGGCAUUAGCUCAAAAGUAGGCCUCUUGUAGAUAUCUGUAUUUCUACCAAGUUUCCUUUGUUUGAUUCUCGUAUUAACCACUUUCUGCACACUUUUGAUCAGGAGGCCAGGUAUUGAGGGAAGUUAGGUUCAGGGCGUAAGGUUUGACAGGGUUAAGCAUGACAUACUGUCAUGAUUGAGUAAUUUGUAAUUAUGCCAUAAUAACUCUGAUUAACUCUUUAUCUCCGAAGGGGGUGAACCCACUACGCCGGGGCCAUUUUUUGGUGCUAUAUCUAAAAAUGACAAAAACUUCAUUAAAUGGGUCAUAAAAUCGAAACUAGCAAACAUAUUUUGAUAGUUCUUCAUCUUAUGAAUGAACUUCAGGUAUAAGAGACCUGUUUUCGCAGUAAGUAAUUUGAUGUUGAAGUUGUCGUAAAGGAAUGUGCCCGAGCCGCUGUCAGCGACUCACAGGCACAGUGGUUCCAACCGCGAGCCGCUGGGGGCAGCUUGCCGGAGAUAUAGAGUUAAACACCAGGUGAAGUUUUUACAGUUCAUAAGUAUGAAAUAAUAAAAGGCAUGUUAUACUUAAAGAAUAUGGCAUCGAUAAAAAAAAA